CCAAUGAACAAGAAGAUAUAAAUCAGAACUGAGAGCCACUGCAGACCAAAGAGGAAGAGGAGCAGCUCUGCAGAAGUUAGGAAGGAGAGCAGCCUAAAAAACCUGUAUAAGUGAGGAGUGAAGAUGAUGAGGAGGCUCAGUCCUCACAGUUUCAAAGUCACAUUAAAGCAAAAAGCUCAGCUCAACAGAUGGAAACAGGAAGACAUGGGAAGAGCUGUGGAGUAUCAGAUCAAGAUAAGCAUUCCUCUGAUGAUGAGACUCUAGAGCCUGCAGAACAAGCUAAGCAGCCUAGCAGAGAGUCAGAGUCAGAUUCAUUAAAGGAGACAGGAAUCAAUGAUGACGGGACUUCAGACUGCUCUGAGCCUGAGAGUGAUCAAAAUUAUGUUGACUGGGAGGAGGCAAUGAAACCGCAGUCAAUGAUUAAAAAACAUAAAAACAAAGUCUUGGCUUCAGUGCAUAAAGAAUGCAACACUCAAAGGAAGUACGUCAGGUGUUCUGGGUGUGGUAACACAAUUAACCACAGACACACAAACAAUACUCCAGGAAAGAACCCAUUUCUUUGCUCAGUCUGUUUUCAGAGAUCCACUCAGAGUCCAACAAUAAUCACACAGAAGAGGAGUCAUUCAGAAAAAUAAUCCUUCCAAUGUUCGGUUUGCAAGAAACAGUUUAGAAAUGAAGGAGAUGCUGUGCAGCAUAUAAGAAUUCCCUCAGGGGAGAAACCCUUCAAAUGCUCUGUUUGUGGUCAGGGAUUUGCCCAGAGCAAAAAUGUAAUCCAACACAUGAGGAUCCACACAAAAGAGAAACCAUUCAGCUGCUCCAUCUCUUAAAGACGCUUCAUCAGUCGUGAUUGUCUGGCCUGACACUUUAGAAUUCACACAGGAGAGAAGCCGUACAGCUGCGCAGUUUGUAAUACAAGUUUCAGUCUGAGUCAGUCUUUGUUGAAACAUAUGAUGACCCACACAGGGGAGAAACCCUACAGCUGCUCAGUGUGUGAUAAACGAAUUACACAAAAACUACAGAGACAACAUAUGACACUCCACACAGGUGAAAAAUCUUUCAGCUGUCCUGUUUGUAAGAGGAAAUUCACCAGGAAUUCACGGCUGAAGAAACACAAGUGUAUCACGGAGAGCAGCUGAAACAUAAUUCAAAUCUCUCACUGUUCUUAAAAUAUAUUUUAAGAAACUUUAUGGAUGUAAAAAAAUAUAUGUAAAUAAGGACUGCCUCAAUGAAAUUAAAGC